AUGAUCGUCAGAAAAAGGUCCAUAAACGGCACGCCAAUCGAGAAGGGAAGGGAAAAUGAGAAGAAACUCCAAAACAUCACAAUAAAAAAUUACGAAAUAAACAGUAAUGAUAAGAAAAGGAAUUUUUUUGACUACUAUGGGUGUAUAUACCCAUUUAAUAUGCCCAUAAGUUUGUACAAAUAUGCGCCUAUUUUUGGAUAUUGUAGUUUAAGUGAUUUUCAAGAAAUAGGGGCAAAACGACUAGCUCUGUUACAAUUUUUGGAUACGUGUACAAUCAGUGGGGAAGAGGAAAGAGAUACUUUUAGCAAUAAAGGAAGAUUGGAAAAAAGUUUUCAUGGGAAUAAUUAUAAUGAAAAUAAAAGUAAGCAAAUAAGACAAAAAAUAUAUGAAUAUAAAUUUGGAAUUCAAUCAAUGAAAAAUUAUAGUAAAGAAGAAAUGGAAAAUAUAAUAAUGACAGACUUACUGUCUCAUUAUAUUUUAAGAAUAGCUUUUUCCAAAGAUAGAGAAAAACAACAAUGGUUUUUGAAACAAGAAUUAAAAUUAUUUACAUUUCGAUUAAAUGAAUUAAAAAAUAUUAAUGUACUUAAUACACAAAACCUUGCAGAAAGUGAAAGAGGUUUAAUUCAUUUGUUAAAAAGAGAAGAUCUAAAUUAUGAUUACAUAUCAAAACCAGCGGUAUCAUCCCUUGUUGCAAGAGAUGAGGAAUGGGAAAAAUAUACAUCGUUUAUACCAAAUAAGGAUACUAUUGAAAAAGUAUUUAAAAUUCCAUUUUUCCCUGAUGCAUAUUUUUUAGUGAAAGAUCAUAAAGUAUGUGUAGAUAAAGCCAUUGCCUAUGUUCCGGAUAUAUAUCUAGAUUCAAUUUUGAUUACUCAAUUUAAAAUAAACAUAAAAGAAUCUUUUAAAUAUUUGGAUCAAAAUGAAAAAUUAUUACUAUCUGUUCAGAAUGAUAAUAGAAUAUCAUCGUUCCUUGCAGCAUUACCAAAAGCAUAUGUUGCAAAAGAUUAUAGGCAAAAUUAUGAGCACACUCAGGAAACUAGAUUAAUGCCACAAAAUAUAUAUAAUGUUUAUAAACAAUCUUUCCCUCCUUGUAUGCGUAGAAUAUUUGUUAAUUUUUUAAAAGAAAAACAUUUAAAACAUUGGGGAAGGCAACAAUUGUGGUUAUUUUUAAAAGGAGCCGGUAUGACAUUAGAAGAAAAUAUUCAAGUUAAUAGAUCCAUAUGGAUGCAACCCGACAAAUUCGACAAAGAACAUAGAUAUACUAUACGUUACAUGUAUGGAAAAGAAGGGAAAAAAACAGAUUUUAGUCCCUAUAAUUGCUCCAAAAUUAUAAAUAACUUCCCUGUUCCUUCUAGUGGUGAUACACAUGGUUGUCCUUUUAAAAAUUUUGAUGACUCUCAUUUAAGAAGUCUUUUAUUCUUCUUUGGACUAACCGAUGAUCAGAUAAAAAAUAUCAUGCCCUUAAAAAAAAACAAUGAAUAUCAGUUGGCAUGUGUGAAGUUUUUCAUGGAAAUGCACCCUGGGUCCACAGCCGACGGGGUUGGCAACCAUCCAAAUUCGUAUUACAUCGAAAGUAGAAAGUACUACAAAUCGAAGACAACAAACUCAGAAAAGGCUCCCGAUACUUGA